UCUUCCAUCGUCAUUUUCAAUGUGUGUGUCAUCAUUUUUAUCAAGUCGGUAACGCUAAUAGAUCGAAUGCAGGACGUGCACAUUGUUAAACUUGAAAAAAGGCAAGAUUUGUUAAGUACUGUAUCGAAAAAAUUUCUUUCGUUUGGCUUGGACUCAUCUUUGUUAAGAAAUAUGAAGGAAUUACCUAUUGGUGAUCAGAGAUUCAUCAAUCUCGCUCACCAUCUAAGUCCAGCUUACGUUAGGAUUGGUGGAACUGCUGCAGAUUGUCUAUAUUUUAAUGAGACUGAUGCCAAGAAAAACAUCUCAGAAGUUGAAAUAAACAGUGAAGACAUUAGAAACUUCACCAUAACGAGUAACGACUUUGCUUCUCUGUAUGACUUCACUCAAAAAGUAAAUUUAAGUAUGAUGUUUGAUUUGAAUGUUUUAUUAAGAAAUACCGAUGGUUCGUGGAACAGCGACAACGCGCGAGAAAUCAUUCGUUUUGCCAAGAGACGUGGAAUGGAACUCGAUUGGCAAAUGGGAAAUGAGCCCAACUCGUUUUUACACGUAUUCAACGUAACUGUACCACCAGAGCAACUGGCUAGAGAUUACACGGAAUUGCGCUCCAUACUUCGUAAAUUAGGCUUUGAAAACAGCAUAGUUGUCGGCCCAGAGGCAAAUCACAUUGGCGACGAAAAUCAAAGGGGCGUGAAAUAUGUAGAGACAUUUUUGGAAAAUAUUAACGACAGCAUUGAUUACGUUUCGUGGCACCAAUAUUACUUAAAUGGCCAUGUAGCUCGUGCUGAAGAUUUCAUAGACUCAAAAGUUUUCAACAAGUUGCCAGCAGAAAUUGAUGUAAUGACCCAGUCGUUAAACACGGGUAUACCCAUGUGGCUCUCUGAAACAGGUUCUGCUUAUGGUAGUGGAGCGCCAGAUUUAUCAGACAAAUACGUGGCGGGAUUUUUAUGGCUUGACAAGCUUGGCGUUUCUGCCAAAGCAGGCAUAAAUGUUGUGGUUCGGCAAUCUUUCUUUGGUGGUCAUUAUGCAAUGGUUGGACCCGAUUUAAGUCCCAAUCCUGAUUGGUGGAUCGCCGUACUGUUCAAGCGAUUUGUUUCUGAAAAAGUUUUGAAUUUGGAGGGACCGAGUAAUUUUGGAAACUUACGCUUUUAUGCUCAUUGUGCUGUGAAACAGUUGUACGUCAAUGAUGUGCCGACUAUUGCUGUUUAUGGAAUGAAUCUAAACGAGCAGAAAAGUAGUAUUUAUUUUCAAGAUUUACCAGAAAAAUCUACGAUUCAUGCGUACAUUCUAACUUCUGACGCCUUGCAAUCCAGAAAUAUUUUCUUGAACGAGAAACUUUUGGAGUUGAGAAGCGAUGGGAGUUUACCACUCUUGACACCAAAAAUCGUGGAUAAAAAUCAAGCCAUAAUAUUACCUCCCUAUUCCAUGAUUUUUUUGUUGAUACAAAAUUUCCAAGUUCCAGCGUGUUUGGAAUAA